AUGGGUAAAAGCAUUAGAUGCAAGUCUGACAUCGAUUGCAGUUUUUACGAGACGUCGGAGGAUGUACCAGAUACGCGGGAACUUAGCUCAGACAACAAGAACCUCAUGAUCUUUGAUGACCUGUUGCUUGAAAAGCAGAACAAAUGUAGCUAUGAGCUCGAAGAUGUUAACGAUCAUAUUCAGUUAAAAAUGAGACAAAAUGGUCAUUACGACGCCAUAAAUGAUAAACUCUAUAUUAGAUUAUCGGCUGACCCCAACAUCCUUAAUUCCAUACUCACGCUGGAAAACAACUACCAGACAAUUUUGGAAAAGAAUACAUUAAGGCAACUGGCGUGGUACAAUAUUUGGUACAAGAUUUCAGAUUUAGCAAAAAACGACGCCAGUAUACUCAACCACAUCGUUAAUGAGAAUGUCGAAGAAUUUCGACAUUGGAUACAAGAAGACGAUAUUGCUGUUGUAGACAGGGGAUUUAGGGACGCAGUUCAACUUUUGAAGGACCUCGGUGUCAAGACAGAAAUGCCCUCGUUCCUUGGACCCAAAGAAAAACAAUUCCAGACAAACAGCGCUAAUCACAGUCGAUUGGUCACAAAGAUUAGAUGGGUAGUAGAAUCGGCAAACGGACGGUUGAAAAACUGGAAAUAUCUUGAUCGCGUGAUACCCAAUUCUCAGAUCCCGUAUGCCGGAGAUUACACACGCAUAGUUGCGGCGAUCUGCAACAAGUACAGAUCCCCACUGAUAGCAAGUAAUGAUGAAGAUGACCUAUUGACAGCCGCGCGUCUGAUAUCAAUGAGCCGCCGUGAGAACCUCUUGCAAGCAAGGGUCGAAGAAGAAGGACUUGACCAUCUGACUAAGUCCUCCGGUUGGGCACUAUUGUCUGAACCUGGUGUGGUGCCGGACUUUCCAAAGCUGGACGAGUCCGACCUUAGGACUUUGACUGUUGGUGUUUACCAACUUAAAGCUUGCGCCAUCCUACGUACAAGAGCACCUUGAUGAACAUGGCAACUUCGAUAUCUUUGUCCGCGAGCAAUCGCCUGGCCUUCUUUGUAUUAAAAUACAAAUACAAAGAUACAAAUGUGAAUCAUUUUUUUGUUUUAUAACGUACAACGCAGAGCGCAACGAAGCGUCAAUAUCUCGCGGUAAGCCGUGGAAUCGUGAAAUGCACGUACGUUACUCAACAAGUCGACAUUUCAAGGUUUUUUGAAAUAUUUCUUUAAAACUUCGGAAAUACGAGCUACACAUGUUCAUUAUUCCGUGGUGUAUUUUUAAAAAAAAAUCUGGAUGAGGCCGAUUUCGGCCCAAAACGUACGUUGUCCUUUAAAACAAAAACGAUGUUACAUAACGUCACUGUAAUAAACACUAGACAACUUGUACAACCGAAAAAAUGACAUUUACAGUGUUUUUUUAUAUGGAAAUUAUGGACGUUUGAUUAAAACAUGUUGAAUGUUUUAUACUAUACAGUACGUGUUAACGGACACAAACACAAUAUUCGUUAUAAAGUCAGGGUUUUUGUACACCAUUAUAAACAUUAAAAAAAAAACUUUCGUUCCAAUCUAAUUAAAAUUAUACGCUUUGAUAUUUGGCUUUCAUCAAGAUCUAGUAUUUUAAUGAGAUUCAUUUUGUUCAUUCCCACGAUUAAGAUAAGAAAGUAUUCAUAUCAAGUAAUUAUUUGAUACUACGUAUAAUACUGCAUAUAUGUAGUCCAACUAAGAGGAAGCAUUCGGGUGAGGAUUUUAAAAUAGCAUUGAGGUUUGUAAAAGAAAAUACUAAAGCCAUGUUUGUAUCAAAUUGAAGAUGCAUUUGCAAUUAGAACAUACGUCUAGCAAAGAUUUAGACAUAUGUCGAUAUAUUUAUUUAAAACGUAAUAACACAUUGGACACGGCGUCUCUCAGUAAACAUGUCCAUAACAUUUUAUUGAUUACUUCACACCUGAUUAAUACCGAUGUUUAAAGAAGGUUUUAUUUAAAAGUUCUGGCUUUUGUGGUUUAUCUGAUGGUUAAUUAAUCUUACCAUAAAGGGAACAUUUUUUGUCAACAUUGUAAAAGCAUCGUGCAUGAAUUUCACCAUAAUACACUAUUUGAAACUGCAAGUCGCUUAGAUAUAUUUUUGGAGUGUUUUAAGCAAGCAUUACUUGGUUAAGUGAUACCGAAAUGACAUUGGGUCACCAGACUUCAAGAUUGAAUAUAAUGGUUAAUAGAGACUUGCCAGAGAACUAGCUUUCUUGUAGAUUGGACUUAAUGCUAAAAGUUUUUUGUAUAUUGGGCUUCUUUAUAUAUUUAUGUCGGUCACCAAAAUACAUGUUAGCUAUACGACGUUAAUGCCUUAAAUUAAUGCAUACUUUGUGCAGGAGAAAUGAUCGCCUAAAAUAUCAAGAUUUUUUAUAACUUUUUGAUACAUUCGCUCUAAUACUUAACAAUAAAACAAUGAAUGAAUGAACAAAUAAAUAUAAAAAAGUGUGUAUCGUAUUUAAAUACGUCUGACACUAGAUG